GUACUUUGACUAAUAAAAUGCGAGGGGAGUGGUCCCAGUAAGGAAACGGCACUGCUCGGCCAACGUGCCAUUUUGUGAAACUAAGAGAAAGCAUGUUAGCUGCUUCUUGAGAAAUUACUUCAAUGGGGGUGUGUGGUCACUCAUCAUAGCCAGAAGAGGGCGCUAAAUGCCCACUGGAAUGCAGUGCUGGACCAUAGAACCCCUUUGCUGAUAUAAGGCAACAGAUUAUACACCACAGGAGGACGUGAGAUCUUGAACCAUGGGGGGCGGGUACUCGGUCACCGUGAAGAAUGAGACCCCGUACACUUGGGAUUACUCGGAUGAGGCAAGGGGCAGACUGAGUGCCUGGGAAUCUAAACAGUUUAAGAAGGGCAUAUUCAAUCGAUCAGAGCUAUAUCUGACAUAUGGAGAUCAGAGAGAAGUGUCUUUAUCUCUGCAUACUGGAGGCGGCCGCGACACCACAUUCACCAUAAAAGAAAGCUGGGACCGAUCUCUAUUUGAGCUGCAUUGUAGUAUAUGUGGUGAAGUUAGGACUUGCCCCAACUAUGCAAAAAUUGAGGAAGACCGCAUUCGCCAACAGCAACAAGAGGAACAGAAACGUCAGGAGGCACUGAAAAGACUACAAGAGGAACAGAAACGUCAGGAGGCACUGAAAAGACAAGAAGAGGAACAGAGACGUCAGGAGGCACUGAAAAGACUACAAGAGGAACAGAAACGUCAGGAGGCACUGAAAAGACUACAAGAGGAACAGAAACGUCAGGAGGCACUGAAAAGACAACAAGAGGAACAGAAACGUCAGGAGGCACUGAAAAGACAACAAGAGGAACAGAAACGUCAGGAGGCACUGAAAAGACUACAAGAGGAACAGAAACGUCAGGAGGCACUGAAAAGACUACAAGAGGAACAGAAACGUCAGGAGGCACUGAAAAGACGACAAGAGGAACAGAAACGUCAAGAGGUACUGAAAAGCCAACAAGAGGAACAGAGACGUCAGGAGGCACUGAAAAGACAACAAGAGGAACAGAAACGUCAGGAGGCACUGAAAAGACUACAAGAGGAACAGAAACGUCAGGAGGCACUGAAAAGACAACAAGAGGAACAGAAACGUCAGGAGGCACUGAAAAGACAAGAGGAACAGAAACGUCAGGAGGCACUGAAAAGACUACAAGAGGAACAGAAACGUCAGGAGGCACUGAAAAGACAACAAGAGGAACAGAAACGUCGGGAGGUACAGAAAAGACAAGAAGACAACAAGAAAAGACAACAACAGAAACUAAAUGAAAAGUUGCGCAGACAAGAGGAACUGCGGAGUUUGAAAAGACUGGAGCAGGAAAAGAGGAUUGAGGAACAAAUCAACAGAGAAAACGAGACCGCAAGAAGGAAGCUCUCAGAAGCAUGGUCAAAGAUAAAUCUGAAUCUAAGUCAAGGGGGGCAAGAGAGACAUCAUCAGCGCACCCACGUGGUACAGCAAGCAGUAGAUGACCAUGCAGGUGCUAUAGAGUGGAAUGAGUCAACUGAAAUCGAGAAGAGGUUCAAUGACCUGCUGUUGGAAAACCAGAUCACUGAGAAUGAAAGAUCUGCAAAUGCACCAUUAGAAGACAGAAUGAGAAACCUUCAGACUGAACUGACUGUUCAGUUCUGUCAAGAACAUGGCCUUUCCAAUUGGCCUGUGUUGAACCUGGAGGCUGCCCUUCAGUGCACAGAACUGUCACUAACUGAGAGGUUCAGCUUACUCAAGGCAAUGACUCAAGUUCACCUGGAAGACAACCAAGAAACUGAGAGCGAGACUAUGCACUACCUAAACUGGGAUAACAACUACAGUUUAUUUCUGUUUUUAAUGGAGAAGCUUAGUGAUGUCAAUAACACUCUGGCCAGUAAACUUAUUUUGACAUUUCUUGACCUUUUCCCAGAUCUUUCUCAGAUCAGCAAAAAUCACCUGAGUCAAAUCCUGUUCAGUGGCAUCUGGACAACUGUAGAGAUCAUGUUCUUUCUCAGAGGGGUCAGUAGUAGAAUGAACCAGAACACCACAGAGUCAGUCCUUCAUAAAGUGCAGACCUAUAGACUUGGCCUCCUCCUCACUCUCUCUGCCCUAAGAGAUAAAAAUCCAUGUGAGACCCUGCAAGGGAUUGUAGAGGGAGAGACUGACAAAGACAUAGAUUCAAUUUUGAGUGAAAUGCAAGAUGCAAAUUACCCAGACAAGUUUGUCUCAGUGAUUGAGCAAGUCUUAAGACAAGUAGCAGAGGAGCUUAGUGAAUACCCAGCAGCACACUUGUGGAAGAAUGUUAGUGUUGCCAAAAAAAUUCAAAAAAAGAUUGGAGAGGUGGAACAUAAUAUCAAGUUGUUGAGUUUCACCAGGAUUGACAUCAGUACCCUCAAAGAUGUCCUUAUUGGCAUUUCCAUGGCUGUUAAUGAAUGUUCAACUGCUGAAACUCGGGGAGGAGAGAAAAUCGAGGGAUAUUUACCCAGAAUCACCCAGCUGGCUUCUUUACUAAUGCUUCUAUUACAGUCAACUGAAGAUAAAGGAUGCCUCCUUGAAAUUGGUACUGGGGAAGGGAAAUCAUGCAUCCUGGCUAUGUUUGCAGUAAUCCAGGCCAUCAGAGGAGCCAAAGUUGAUAUUGUGACCAGUUCUCCAGUGCUUGCAAGACGUGACCAAGAGGAAUGGAGAAAACUCUAUGACAUGUUUGGUGUCUCAUCCUCUGUUGUGCCACCACCACCGAGUGCUUCUAAAAGUCACGAAAAAAGACUACAGGAUGCUUACCUUAAUCAAAUUGUGUAUGGAACUGUUAGUGACUUUGCUGCAGAUACGCUGAGACAGGAAUUUGAAAGACAGAUCACUCGCGGGGAGAGGGAAUUUGACUUGGUGAUAGUAGAUGAGGUAGAUUAUAUGACCUUGGACAGUGGCGUUCAGGUGACCUUUCUUUCUCAUGAGGCCAGUGGCAUGAGGCAUGUUGAGCAAGUCCUUGCCAGCAUUUGGUCCAUGCUGUGCCCCUGUCGACCCAUUGAAAUGGAGGAAACUGGGGAGACGGAAUGGAUAACUGGAAUACAGCUUUUCCACAAGGCUGCAAAAAUGGCUGUGAUGGGUUCAGAAGCAUCGGAACACUUUUCAGAUUUUGACAUUUUGCUCCCAGGGAUACAGUUAGGAUUUUACACGCAGGAGGACAUCAAUCAGUUGAUGCAGAUUGAGACAGAGGUACAAAAGGAAGGUAAAGCUAAUGAUUUUCAAGAUGAUAAUUGGAAAGCCAUUGAAAAAUUCAUGACAAACAUUGGAGUGGAGGAACAACAUGAUCUGCUGUGCAUUUUUGAGACUGCUUUGGAACAAACUGUUUCUAUUAAUUGCUAUAGAGCCACAAACAAUAAAGCAGCACUACUGCAUAACAAGAAAAUGGACAGAGAUAUGAACAUCAAAAUGCUACUUUUGGAGAAUGGUCAGGCAAGUGAAAUAAUGUCUGAAAAAUCACUCAUCGAGGCAUCAGUGCAAGAGUUAAAGUCUAAAAUCAAAUAUUCUGAUGCUUGCACGCCAAACUCAAAAGACACCAAAAGUUUUAUUGUUAUCCCCUCAUUCCUUAAGCAGUACUUGGAGAAUCGAUUGCCAGUGUUUGUGGGUAAUGCCUUGAAGGCCAUUGUAAUGACACAGGGCAGAGAGUAUAUGAUUGAUGUGUCAUCAUCUGCUUCAAUGCCAAGCAAUGUCAGUGAGUCUGACAGACAUCUCUACCAUUCCAUUAUCCCAGUGGACUACCAAGCCAGUGGAGUGCUGGAGAAGAACAAACGCUGGGGUGAUGGCUUGCAGCAGUUUCUGGAGAUGAAGCACCAGUUGGCAAUGUCAUCUCUGUCCAUUGUUACAAAUUAUAUGUCAAAUAUGCAGUUCUUCAAAAGAUACCUCAAUGGAAGUGGAAUUUUUGGUGUUUCUGGAACAUUGGGUGGGGAUCCAGACAAAGAUUUCUUGAAAAGGCAUUACAAAACAGACAGUUAUGUGAUACCAGCUCAUCGCUAUAACAAGGUGGUUGAACUCCCUACCCAGCAGAUUAGUGGUGACUACUCUGAUUGGGUAAAGGCAGUCCGUGAAACUACAUGGGCAGCUGCUGACAGGGGGCAAGUUGUCUUGGUGGUGUGUGAAGAUGUGAAGACAGCAGUUGAGCUUCAGAAGGAAGUGGAAUCUGAAUGUCGAUCAAUCACCAUGUACACAAUCAGUGAAAGGGAUUACAUUGAAGAAACUACAUUUAAGAAGGGAAGCAUCAUUAUUGCCACUAACUUGGGAGGACGGGGCACAGACAUUAAGGUAGAUAAUGAGGUGAAUCAGUGUGGUGGACUCUUUGUCCUCCUCACACAUUUUCCCAGCAACCGUAGAGUGGAGAAACAAGUGUUUGGACGUACAGCUAGGAAAGGAAACCCUGGUAUGGUCCAGAUGAUACUCCACCAUGACCAUCUGGCACCGGCGUACCAAGGCCAACCGGUGGAGGUCAUGAGGCAGCUAAGAGAAGUCUACGAAGUUCAGCGCAUCUCUGAUAUGGAAUCAAAUGAGCUGCUGGAAAAUGAAAUGAAGGAAGAACUGUUCGCCACUUUUUGUAAAUUUCUUAAAGAAUUUGAUGCAAACUAUACAGAGCAAGAGAGAGAUAACCUGUUAAGUAUGAAGACAAAUAAUGUGGUAGAUACUAUCAAACAUCAAGGUAAUAAACUUGAUUACAAGCCUGCACUCAAUGCUCUCAAAGAAUCCUGGGCCUUGUGGCUGACACUUAAUGAGAAUAAUAUUGAACAGCAGAAGAAUUUCUCUGACUUGGAAGCUGACUUGUUUGGAAAGUUGACCAGUACAUCCAGCAUGCUUUUACAGGGUCAAAGCCACACAUUCUAUGACUAUCUCAAACAAGCUGUUAUCAGAACUGACCUGCAUUGUCGUAGAAAAACAAAGUGUGACUAUGGAGCAAAAGACUGCUGGCAGAAAGUUGCAGAAUGUGAUCCAUUCUACAGAGCGGUGGCACUCUACAACCAAGCCUAUAUCACAAUAAACCUUGCGAAGAAAGACUACAAAGCAGAGGCUAUUAAAUUACUUGAGGAGUCAAAGGAGACUGUGGAUGUCUACAUUUCAGAGACAUCAAAUACUGCAGUUGCUGGUCAGAUGGCAAUGAGAGGAAACUUUGAGCCACAUCAUGAUGGUGCUUGCAAUUUUCAAAGCCAGAUGCAAGCUCGGAUGGAUAUUUUCAAAACUUGGAGAGAAUACAUAGACAAUGCUCUGGAGAAACUUAAAGAAGUUGAGAGAAGUAACGCUGAUGCCAUCACUGAAGAAACAUCAGUUUAUUCACUUUCAGAUGAGAAGGACUUUGUCACCACAAAUGAGCUCAUGGCCAUGUAUGAGUAUGGCCUUGGAAUUGUGUUUGAGAUAAAACAAAAACCAAGAUUUAAUGUUGAUGCUUUGAUUUGUUUUCUGCUUGGCGCAGCCCAGGUUCUAGCUGGUGUUCUUGUUUGUGCAGCAUCCUUUGGCUCAGCCUCUCAGUUUGGUCUUGGUCUCAUCUCCGAGGGUGUCUCUGACAUGAUCAGUGGGGUUGUGGGUAUGAAAACUGGUGUUUUCAGUUGGGCGUCCUGGGCCAUUUCCAAAAGCAUCAGCAUCGGAAUAUCAUUGCUAACUGCUGGAUUUGGAACAAUCAAGAGCGCUGUCAAGUCUGUAUACAGUACCACAAAAGGCUUACUAAAUGGAACAAAGACCCUGUCCUCUGUUGCUCAAGGUGUCAUCAAAUCAGGGAAAGCCACAUUGCUGUCGAUAAAAGGUGCUGCCAUGUCAGCAGUCUCUUCAGUGUCUAGAAGCUCAUUGAGGAUGGGUACAGAUGUCGUGGUAAAACAGACUUUAAUACAUGCUUGCAAAUUUGCUGGGCAGGAAAUUGUUAAGCAGGCAACAAUAUACACAUUGCACUACGCAGUUGAUGCAGGACUUACUGCUGCUCUGAAGAACAUUGUGGAUUCAGCUUUUAGGAAAUCCUUCAAAGAUGAAAUAAAAAGAAAUGGUGAUUUGAAUCACACUCUCACACGCUUUAUAUGCCUUUAUGUUCCAAAAUCUGCUCCGAUGAGACAACAUAUGGACUUCAAGAUUGACAAACAUUGUGAGAGGGAAAUGAAAAAAAUGGUUAAAUUAAUGGCAGAAGGUGUUAUUCCCAGUCUCAUGACAGACUGCACCACUGUACACGAGGUUAUUGACAGGCUUUCCGAGGUGAGUGGAAAAGCUACAGAACUCUUGGACAAAGCAAGAGUACCCGGCAAAGUCCAAGCAGCCAUCAAUGCAGGACUUGUGAUAGCAAAACACAGCACUGUGUUAAUACAAAUCCUGGAAUCUGUCCCAACAAGAACAGUAGUUAAUGAAAAGAUUGUCCCCAAGUUGAUACAGCAAUUGAAUGAGCAGCUGGUUAAGAGCUAUGAGCAUGAUGAUAGACAUGAUCUCUCUGAUGUGAAACGCUUGAAGGGUGAGCUUUUGGAAUUAAUCUCAGACACCAUGUAUGAGGCAUUCAGUGAGGCUUGUGCUACACAUACAACAACAUUUAUGAAAGGGAUUUUCCGGAAGAAGAUUAGUAAGGCAGCAGAGGCUAUUGGGAAUGCCUCAAGCAAUAUAUUUGGCAGAUACAAAACCCAGGAUUUUUUCCAGGAGCAGCAACAGAGAUAUAAUAUGAAAAGAUAUGGAAAGAUUUUGACAGAGAAUUUGUCUGAAGCCGAAACACAAGUUCUUCAAGAUUAUAUAAGUAACAUUUCCAGCACUGACCGUCCAGCUUCUGAACUACACCUCUAUGUCCUCACAAAAAGUGACCUCCUUCAGGGCAAAGGUAUUAAGGUCAUAACGUUCAACAAAGAUGGGCAACCAAUCUAUGAGAAUACCUUCCCUGGCAAUGACCAUUCCGCAGGAUUCAUCACUCUCAAACUGUCCAGAAAGCCAGAGGAUUCAGAAAGUCAGAGGGGCUUUUUCAGAAGAAUGGAAGACAGAGUCCAAGGAGUGCAACGUCCCCAUGAAGGCCAUUACAGCAUCAUCCACCCAGAUGGCUCUGAGAUUCCUGUCAUAUCAAAUGGUCAGGACUGCCUGUAUCAUGCUGUAAUCCAGGCAACAACUACAGGUCAAGAACAAGACAUCCAGCAAAGAGCAGCUCUUCUGCGCUAUAGAGUACAAAGUGAGCUUAACCAGAACCUUCCACGGUAUGCUGGGCUAGUAAGAUGCCAGAAGAGCUAUGAGGAAUGGCAGAAAACUCCCGGACAAUACUCUGUCAUAGGAGGAGGACUGAAAAGACAGAAAACCGACAAUAAGUUCAACGAUGAAGACUAUAAGAAUACGAUCUCUGAGAUGAAAGCACAUGAGUAUUCUCCUGGAACAACAGAAUAUGAGAUUGCUGUAAAAUACCACCUUGGAUAUGUUGGAACAUAUGAAGAUCUAAAGAAUACAAUUGAAUCUGGAAGGAAAAUCGUGGAGAAGGAUCAUUUCAUUCCAAAUGGCACACUUGCUAUAGCUCGAACAAAAAAAUAUGCUCUAAAGAAACUUAAGAAUUCAGGGCAAACAGAGCAUUCAAAUCUUUAUACUCUGGUGACAAAAGAGGACAAAAAUGGAAAUCUUCACCUGGCCAUGCAGGUGCUUUACCAGGAUCACCGUAUUGCCUUGACAACUGCAAACAGCAGGGGCGCCCCAGAAUGCAGGGCACUGCUGGCUGAUACGCUACUGAGUGGGGAUGGUGAGACCCUGCUGAAACAGGCCAUGAUCAUGGCCAACCCCAUAUCUUCCCAGAACCUCAAAAGACAUGCAGGUAUACAGACUCAUCCAUUGGAGGGAAGAGUAAAACCUCUUACAAAAGAAGGGACAAAUUGCUACUACAAAACCGGUUACGUGACGUUAAUCGGUGAGUAUCAGAAGAUCGGCAUCAUCGACCAAAACGCGGUGGGUAGACUGAAGACGUGGGUGAAAGAAGAUCAGCACCUCAGCAAAAAUACACCUGAGUACAAUAGCAUAUUAAAAGUAUUAUCACCUUUGGGCGAUCAGAGCGCGGGCACUGCAACUAGAGGUAUUAAGAGGAAAAGCUUUACAGGGCCUGAUCAUGGUCAAAAAAGAAGAAAAUGAACUUUUAAAAAAGAAGCAUUAUUUUUCAGUCUGUUUUAAUUUUUGUCUGUGUCUUUGAUGUGUGCAAGAUGAAUACUUGCCCUGUGAUCUUCUACUUUUGUGGAAUGCUCUUUAUUUGAUUUGAUGUUAGUGGUGGAUUUGAUGUUGAUGCAAUGAAGCACAUCACAGUUCAAUGGGCCUCACUGAUGUAAUGCAGAGCAAAACCUUUACCCAUAUAUGGAUUUCCGGAUCAAUGAGAAUUUCUCUAUAGGGAAAAUGAAUGGGAGUUUCACAUAAACAUCCCUAUCACAGUCUGUGAUUGAACUUUUUAAACACCAAUAUAAAUCUUAAAAUGUUUUAUCCGAAUGCAUUUCUGUUGUAGUCUGUAUUUCCCGGUCACUUGUCUCCCCAGUACUGUCUCUGUGUCUGUGUUCCCUGAGCUGCUUCACUCCCCUGUACUUGUGUGAUUUCACUAUUCGGGUGGUUCCGGGUUUUCAUGGUUUCCCCCCUUCUUUCCAGUCUCGCUUUACUUUCUUCCUGCUGAUUUCUAGUUUUACUAAUUUCUACUAAUCCCUACUAACUUAUAGAUUGUAAAGUACUAACCUCACUAAUAUACUAACAUGUGAAUAUUACUAAUGGACUAACACACACUAGUUUUGGGUUUUUGAUAGUUUAGAUCACUAUACUAAUACAUUAACCAGUCUCCCCUUUUCCAUGCUGCGCUGUAGCUCCGCCUCUUUUCUUUCUAGCCUGCUCUAACGCUGAGUUCUGCAAUUGCCUGCACCUGUCUCUUGCUCUGACUGCACCUCUCUCUCUCUGCACGUGUUUUACCUGCUUCACCCAGGCCGUCUAUUAUCAUUGUUGUCUAUGUGAUUCCAGUCCGCGUUUUGUCAGUCCCCUGUCAUUGAAUUAGUUUUCCUAAUGUUCUUCACCUGGAUGUUGUUUGUUACUCCUCCCUCACUCACUUAACCCCUCCUUGAUUGUUAUCUUCCCCAGUGUAUAAAUGUCAGUCUUUUCCACCUGUUCAGUGUCAGAACGUUGAUCAUAUUCAUUGUGCCGAUUAUUUGUAAGCCUUUGUCUAUUGAGAUUCCUGCGACACCCCUUUGCCCGACUUCGAGUUUGCCUGCCCCUUUUGGUUUUGUUUGCUUCUGGUUUGACCUUCGCUUUGCCUUGACUUCUCUUUUGCCUGUCCCUUUGUACCUUCGCAAUUCUGAUCUCCUGGUUUUUGAUUUUUUGCCUGUCUUUUCACUAUUCUUUUGGAAACUCGAUUUGGCACCGUCCUCUCUCUGACUACCUGGCUUCGAACCUCGGACUGAUUAAAGACAACGUUUUUUGGAUUUCCCUGGUCUUCGUGUGGGUCCUUACACAGAACAUCACAAUUUCUCUCUUAAAUGAAACUGGAUUCGCUUAAUUCCAAUGGCUACUUUCCAACCGAAAUAAUUAUUUUGCUAACAGAAUGCUAAGACUGCUACGAAUGUUAUUUUUGUCAAAAAGCAACCAUUAGCCAGCAAAUAAAUUUUAAAGAAAGUACUCGAAUAACAUAGAAAUUACUCACAAGAACAGCAAAAAUAACAACAAUAAACCGUGAAUUAUAGCUGGAAAUAUAGCUAGCCCUGUUUAUGAUGUGCAACGGGUCGCUAACCACUUAGCUGUUAGCUAUUUGUUUUUUUAAAUUACAACAAAUUAUUUAUUUAUUUAUUUUUUGUGAAAAAUGGAUGAAACGCAGUCUUUUUUCAUGCACAGACAAACGUCCAAAUGUCAUACAUUAUUUUGAAGGAGUUAGGAAAUGCCAUUCACACAAUUUUUUUGAUCCGGAAGUCUCAAAAAUGCUAAUAAACCUGAAGCAAAUGAUGACAACUUCUAGGCCAAUAUGAUCCAGACUCAAUCAAAGAUGAUGGACAAAACACGGAGAGGCCAAUUUGCCUAUUCCAGCCAUAGAAAGAAUUGUUUCAUAAAACAGAAUAUAGUGGGGACACAAAGGCUGAACAGGAACACACCAAAAUGCAAAGAACACCAAAUUCAAUACUUAUUUUGGCCCUCUGUGGGCACUCAACCACAAAUUUUACAAUAUAAUUACAAAAUAUUUUUGAGAUUAAAAUAUUUGUCAGGUCUGCUGUGUUGUAAUUUUUUUCUUGGCAGUUCGUCAGUAAAUUUCAUUAAAGGAUAGGCUCACUAUUUUCAACGCAGACGUUAGUGAAAUGUUGUUCCCCUUCAUUUAUAAUCGUGCAUAGCACAACCUCACUGAUACCUUAAGUACUGAGAAACUUGAAGCUUCUCAGAGGUCUUGAACAUGGUCCAAACGUUCAGCCGUUUAUAUACCAUAAAUCUUCUUUUCGAGAAUGGGGAAACUCAUAGUAUACUCACGAGUCUCUUUGUGUAUUUUUUGUUUAUUCAGAACAUGAGUGACAGUAAUAUCACAUUUGAUUUGGAACUAGUUUUUGCAACUGUCACAGUACAGUACAUCCCAACCAGUUAUAAAAUUCCGUACUUCAUUUUCUGAGAAUGGAACCUCUCACAGGGAUGAAAUGUAGGAGCAGAACACCCUGUCUAUGAGAACAUAUUAACGGAAGUGCAAUAUUAAGCCAAUAAGACCCGAUAUAAAGCAUGGUUUGCAUUUUUCGGUAGAAAAUAUAAAGGUGUCUGAGUAUACUGGGAGUUAUACUCUACAACAUAAACAGGAAGCGAUAGUCUAAUUGGAGCACUUUGAACACAUCAGAAGCGUGAAAAUAUUUUUGCAAUCUCCACUCAUGAAGGAACCUUGUGUUAAUUAGCAUUAGGCUUCUGAUGCCUGACUAACAUUCCUGAUCAUUAAUUACAUUAUGCUUCUGUACAAUCAAAAGUUUGUAUUUAAAAUAGGCAAUUAAAAAAAUAUAUAUAUUGUUGGAAUGCUUAAAAUUGUAAAACAAGUAAUUAGUAUAUUGUAUAUCUUUGAUAAACACUUGGCUUGCUAAUGGAUUACCUAUGAAGAUGUUUAAAUCCAUAAAGGAUACUCCUUAUGAAAUUAUGUAUUUCAUCCACAAUUUGUAUUUUAAAUGCUGUCAAAUUUAUUGUCUGCAUGCUGUGACUGAUAAUUCUGUGGAAUAAUGGUAGUAUUGUUUUGGAAUAUUCAGUUACUAUGUACAUGUAUUUGUUAACAGAAUAUUUUCACUUUUGCCUCAGUCUUCAUUUUGCUUCAUGUCAGUGUAAAUUUUGAGUGGCAAGAUAACAGUGUCAUUGCUGAUCUGAAAAUAAAGAAAGUGUUACUGGCCUCAGGCCUAGGGGAACCUGGGCCUGUUACAAACCAUGCUCCUUUAACACUGAAGGAUGAUAGAGAAGCGGACACAGUUACUGCGUGUAGUCGACUCUGGCACAUAUUUUAUUCUCCUUUUCAUUGUCUCUUUUCUUUGGUUCAAUUAUCAAAAUAAACAGAUCAACCAUU